GAGUCAUCAGACAUGUCUCACAGCUCUUUCACGAGCACCCUGACCUCAUUGUUGGAUUCAACGCUUUCCUUCCCCUCGGAUACAGAAUAGACAUUCCCAAGAACGGCAAGUUAAACAUACAGUCGCCUCUGACAAGCCAGUUCACGGGAAACGGGCCGUGCGAAAUGAACAGCGUCCAGAAGAACGAGCACGAGAAGAGUCUGGAACACAGCAAAAAGCGCUCCCGGCCCUCGCUCCUCCGGCCCGUGUCGGCGCCGGCCAAGGUACGGGCUCUCAGAGGCGGAGCUGAAGGAUGUCUUGUCCUUGGACGACGAGGUCCUACAGGCCGUGCACCUGGACUGGACCCCGCCCAGCAAGGAGCUGCUGCGGUUCCCACCCCUGCUGUGGGUGCGGCUCCGUCGGGAUCUGGGCUACUGCUUGGCCCGGCGGCCCGUGCACGGCUUCACGCUCCUGGCCGUCAGCCACAGGUUCAUCAGCCUGUGUCCCCUCUCUGCAGACAGCUGGCCGAGGUGGCCCUCGAGCGCUACCUGUCGGGGCCCGAGGGAGCCAAGAGGCACAGCAUCUUGGCUGACUUUUUCUCAGGCGCCUGGGGCCAAGGCACCAAGAAACUUAUCACCUUGCCGCUUGUGGGGACACCCCUGAACUUGGACCACGAGGUGAAGUCCCCGGGACCCCUGCUUCCCACCUGCAGCCUCCACCCUGCAGAGCCGAGCCCCUACAGUCUCAGCCUCCUCCUGUCCCCUGAGAAGUGUCACACACCACCCCCUUGGACUCUCUUCUCCCCAUAUCCCCUCCCCUACCCCAGCCCUGGCCAUGGGGGACGAAGGGUAUGUUGGUCUCCCAUUGUGUCACUGUCCCCUCCAGCACUGUCGGGCCUGGCCCAUGUUUGUUUCCAAGCUGCAGCCUCCCUUCUCCCCUGCCAGGUGGCCCCGCAGCCCCUGUGGUUCUCGGACACGGUUGCAAACGUGUGGAAGCUGGAGGAGUUGCCCUGUCACCUGCUCCACUCGGGCCGCUGGGAGGAGCUGAAGCAGGAGGUGCUGGGCAGCAUGAGCUGGAUUUCUUGCCAGGGCCUCUCCGGGGAGACUGAGGACCUGCUGGAUGAUUUCAACCUGUGUGCCCCUUACCUGGACUGUCCUGAGGUCAGCCUGGUCCGUGAAGCCCUCCAGCUCUGCCACCCGGCCGUGGAGCUCCGAGGCACCCAGCGGAGCCUGCUGUACACGGAACUCCUGGCCAGACUCUAUUUCUUCGCCCCCUGGCAUGAAACACUGGUGGGGCCUGCUAAGCUGGUUCCGGGUGUGCCCACACCCUGUGCUGGUGCCCCUUGGAGGAUUCCUCCAGCCCUGGGGAGGACCCCUCCGGGCGACCCUGACUGGAUGUCACAAAGGGACUUGAGAUGACUGGUGUAAAUACUGCUAAUGAGCCUGCAGCUGGAGGAUGCCUCCUACCUUCCAUCUCCAGGAGCUUAGCACCCACCUUGCAGGUAGUCUCUGCAACCGAAAGGCUCAUAGUAGGAAGUGUGGAAGUUAGCACUUGACGCCUGGCUGGCCCCUGAGGGGCUGAUGGAACUGUACCUGCUCCUGGGGCCCCGGGAUGUCAGGGAGAGAAGAUUUAGUUUUUGCCUCCGAUUUGUUAUCCAUUUUUUUCUUUCAUUGACCCCAUACAUUCAUCCAUCCAAACUACCCACCCACUCUUCCAUCUAUGCAUCCAUCCACUCAGCCACCCACCCUCCCACCCUUCCAUUCAUCCCUUGACCCUUCCUU